AGCUUUGAACGGAUCUUCAGCAGGAGCAGCAGCACUCUAGCCAAAAGAAUUCGCGUGCAAAAGUGAGCAAAAAGCAAGUAAUAAUAAUUCCUGCAAAACAAAGCACACGCUAAUUUAUAAACAAAAGUGCGAGUGUAAAGGAACAAAACAAACUAGUGCGAUACACAUACAGAAUAAAAAAAUAAAUAAAUAUGAAGCCAACGCAGAACUCAACGCUGGAAAUAAUUUCGCCCAAAGUACACGUGGACGCUGAUUUCAUUGAGACGGACUAUGAUUACCAGACAACGCAAGUGAAGCGCACAGCCGCUGGUCAAUUACAGGUGCAACCGCAGACGACGGCGCUUAAGAUACGCACCGCACGCCAUGUGCCCAAGCUGGGCGUUAUGCUGGUGGGCUGGGGUGGCAACAACGGGUCCACGUUGACGGCGGCUUUGGAGGCGAAUCGCCGGCAAUUGUCAUGGCGCAAGCGCACGGGAAUGCAGCAGGCCAACUGGUUUGGUUCCAUAACGCAGGCAUCGACGGUCUUCAUAGGCUCGGAUGAGACUGGCAGCGAUGUAUAUGUGCCCAUGAAGGAGCUGCUGCCCAUGGUGGAGCCGGAUAACAUUGCUGUUGAUGGCUGGGACAUAAGCGGCAAGAAUUUAGGCGAUGCUAUGCGUCGUGCUGAGGUGUUGGAUGUGGCCCUGCAGGAUAUGCUCUAUGAACAUAUGUCCACGCUCAAGCCACGCCCCUCUAUCUAUGAUCCCGACUUUAUUGCAGCGAAUCAGUCGGAGCGCGCAGAUAAUCUGAUCAAGGGCACCAGACAGGAGCAGUACGAGCAAGUGCGUCGUGAUAUACGCGACUUCAAGCAGCGCAGCGGCGUCGAGACAGUCAUAGUGCUCUGGACAGCCAACACGGAAAGAUUUGGCGAAAUCAAGGCGGGUUUGAACACCACUAGCCAGGAGUUGUUGGCUUCGCUGCAGGAAAACAAAUCAGAGAUAUCGCCUUCAACCAUCUUUGCCAUGGCCAGCAUUGCUGAAGGAUGCACUUACAUCAAUGGCUCACCACAAAACACUUUUGUGCCUGGACUGCUUGAGUUGGCGGAGCAGCAUCAGGUCUUUAUUGCUGGCGAUGACUUCAAGUCGGGUCAGACCAAAAUAAAGUCCGUAUUGGUGGACUUUUUGGUUGGUGCGGGCAUCAAGCCUGUGUCCAUUGUUAGCUACAAUCAUUUGGGCAACAACGAUGGCAAGAAUCUCUCUGCCCCACAGCAGUUCCGCUCCAAGGAGAUCUCCAAGAGCAAUGUCGUGGACGACAUGGUCGCUUCGAAUAGCGUGCUCUAUGAGCCCAAUGAGCAUCCGGAUCAUGUGGUUGUCAUCAAAUAUGUGCCCUAUGUGGGCGACAGCAAGCGUGCCAUGGACGAAUACACCUCGGAGAUUAUGAUGGGCGGCCAUAACACUUUGGUUAUACACAACACAUGCGAAGACUCGCUGCUGGCCACGCCUCUCAUCCUGGAUUUGGUCAUUCUGGCUGAGCUGAGUGCGCGCAUACAGCUGCGCAGUGCGGAGCGUGAGUCGGCACCUUGGGUGCCCUUCAAGCCGGUGCUGUCGCUGCUGAGCUAUCUCUGCAAGGCGCCGCUUGUGCCACGUGGCUCCCAGGUGGUCAACUCGCUGUUCCGCCAACGCGCCGCCAUCGAGAACAUUUUGCGUGGCUGCAUUGGUCUGCCGCCCAUCUCCCAUCUGACCUUGGAGCAGCGGUUUGAUUUUGGCAGCAUUACAAAUGAGCCGCCAACGAAGAAGGCCAAGCUGCUGGGCAAGGCUUGCGCUGUGGAGUCCAACUCGAAGCUGCAUGCCAAUGGACACACCAAUGGCAACGCCAAGCUGGCCACCAAUGGAAAUGGUCACUAAGCCGCUAUGGCUUUAUGAUUCCUGUAUAAUAUAUAUGUAUUUCGAGUAUAUAUAUUUACAUAACAUAUAUUUGCUAAAUUACAAACUAUUUUUAA